AUGCGGAGACAGACCAUGAGGAGACAGACCAGGAGGAGACAGACCAGGAGGAGACAGACCAUGAGGAGACAGACCAGGAGGAGACAGACCAGGAGGAGACAGACCAGGAGGAGACAGACCAGGAGACAGACCAGGAGGAGACAGACCAGGAGGAGACAGACCAGGAGGAGACAGACCAUGAGGAGACAGACCAUGAGGAGACAGACCAUGAGGAGACAGACCAGGAGGAGACAGACCAGGAGGAGACAGACCAGGAGGAGACAGACCAGGAGACAGACCAUGAGGAGACAGACCAUGAGGAGACAGACCAGGAGGAGACAGACCAUGAGGAGACAGACCAGGAGGAGACAGACCAGGAGGAGACAGACCAUGAGGAGACAGACCAGGAGGAGACAGACCAGGAGGAGACAGACCAUGAGGAGACAGACCAUGAGGAGACAGACCAGGAGGAGACAGACCAGGAGGAGACAGACCAUGAGGAGACAGACCAUGAGGAGACAGACCAGGAGACAGACCAGGAGGAGACAGACCAUUUGGAGACAGACCAGGAGGAGACAGACCAGGAGGAGACAGACCAUGAGGAGACAGACCAUGAGGAGACAGACCAGGAGGAGACAGACCAGGAGGAGACAGACCAUGAGGAGACAGACCAGGAGGAGACAGACCAUGAGGAGACAGACCAGGAGGAGACAGACCAGGAGGAGACAGACCAGGAGGAGACAGACCAUGAGGAGACAGACCAUUUGGAGACAGACCAUGAGGAGACAGACCAGGAGGAGACAGACCAGGAGGAGACAGACCAUGAGGAGACAGACCAGGAGGAGACAGACCAGGAGGAGACAGACCAGGAGGAGACAGACAGACAUGAGGAGACAGACCAGGAGGAGACAGACCAGGAGGAGACAGACCAGGAGGAGACAGACCAUGAGGAGACAGACCAGGAGGAGACAGACCAGGAGACAGACCAGGAGGAGACAGACCAGGAGGAGACAGACCAGGAGGAGACAGACCAGGAGGAGACAGACCAGGAGGAGACAGACCAGGAGGAGACAGACCAUGAGGAGACAGACCAUGAGGAGACAGACCAGGAGGAGACAGACCAGGAGGAGACAGACCAGGAGACAGACCAUGAGGAGACAGACCAUGAGGAGACAGACCAGGAGGAGACAGACCAGGAGGAGACAGACCAGGAGACAGACCAGGAGGAGACAGACCAUGAGGAGACAGACCAGGAGGAGACAGACCAUGAGGAGACAGACCAGGAGGAGACAGACCAUGAGGAGACAGACCAGGAGGAGACAGACCAGGAGGAGACAUACCAGGAGGAGACAGACCAGGAGGAGACAGACCAUGAGGAGACAGACCAGGAGGAGACAGACCAUGAGGCGACAGACCAGGAGGAGACAGACCAUGAGGAGACAGACCAGGAGGAGACAGACCAGGAGGAGACAGACCAUGAGGAGACAGACCAUGAGGAGACAGACCAGGAGGAGACAGACCAGGAGGAGAUAG